AGGUUUGUGACCUUCAAUGUUUUUGUUGAUUUGUGUUCUCCAUCUUGUAGGAUGAAUUGUUUGUUAUUGAUCAUGUUCCAAAUGAUUUUGGUGAGAUGAAGGGGGAAUUUGUAUUUGUCGAGUUUAAAGAGGAGUCCCUUGUGCCACACUGUUUCGAAGGCUUUUUCAAGAAAAAGAGAAAUGAAUGGUAAUGACAGUUAUAUAACAUGCCCAUUUAAUGAGGCACAUCAAAUAUUAAGAGCUCAGUUUCAGACCCAUUUAAUCACAUGCAUUACAAAUUAUCCAAAUCAAUUGCAACAUGUAUGCCCUUUUGAUGCAACACAUCAGUUGGUUCCAGAAGAGUUUGAGCAUCAUCUUACAGUAUGUCCAAGUAAAGGAAAUGUGCAGUAUUAUCAAAACAUAUUGGGACCAGAACAAACACAUGAUGUAUAGACUAUUAUGAAUGAUAUAGAGGAUUGGUCCUUCUGAUUAUGAGGAUGACUAAUAAGACUUCAGUAUUUCUUUUAUGACAGUAAUGAUAAGAUAUCGUUAAAAGAUCAGCUGCAAAAUCGUCAUACGAUUUUGACAAACAUUUUCUUUUAUGGUUUUGUUAUUAGAUAAAAUGAUAAGAUAUCGUUAAAAAAUCAGCUGCAAAAUCGUCAUAGGAUUUUGACAAACAUUUUCUUUUAUGGUUUUGUUAUUAGAUAAAAUGAUAAGAUAUCGUUAAAAAAUCAGCUGCAAAAUCGUCAUAGGAUUUUGACAAACGUUUUUUUUAUGGUUUUGUUAUUAGAUAAAAAUACUUAUUUUGUUUUAUGAUACUUGAUUAUUGAUAAAUUGCAGCUAAAUGAAGUAUGCAUAUAAUACAAAAAAAUAUAAUUCUUUUCCAGUAAUUAUAUAAGACACAUCUGGGUAAUUAGUAUAGUAUCUUUAAGACUAUAAGUUCAUAGAGGAUUUCAGGUCACUAUUUUAUGAUCUUAUUUUUAUAUUAACAAUUUCAUGUGAGCACAUAUGUAAAAAUUUAUAAUAAAAUUAAAUGCCACACAA